ACACAAAGGGGGCGGGACAAAACUUUUAAUUGGGCGUAGAAAAACUCAGGUAGCCUGUUUGCUCCGAAUACCUGGAAUUCAUCAGAUACCGCGAGUAAGUCGGAAGCUUAGAGGCUUAUGCUGGCGGUAAAAUGCGAUGAAUAGAGAUAUAAAAACGAUGUAACGUUAUACUUUUAACCCAGAGAUUUUUUUUUUCCUACGAGGUAAAGAAAGCAGUGAUCCGAAUAAAUAAGUCGGGUAACAUUUUACAAUCGCUUCAGGAACMGUUUGGACUUAUUUUUGUAUUAUUAUUUUUAAUUUUUUAAGCGUGAAAUGCCACAACAAAUGUCGACGAAGUUGUUUCAGUUGGUUGUUUUGUUCGCAACAGGUUUUGGGGGUUUUGAGGCCCAGGAAUGUGGCGUCUCGCCGGUAAAAGAGGACAGAAUUGUGGGAGGGACGGACGCCUCGGAUGGGUCUUGGCCCUGGCAGGUGGAUAUCCAGAAGUCUAACGUUCAUGUCUGUGGAGGCUCCCUCAUCACAGAGGACUGGGUCCUGUCAGCCGCUCAUUGUUUCCCCAAUCCAUCUGAUGUGGGCCCUUACGUCCUCUACGUCGGUCGCUACCAGCUGAAUGGGUAUAACCCUCACGAGUCGUCAUACACUGUGAAACGGGUUGAGGUCCCACCGAAUUACAUAGAACCUCACAGUGGGAGAGAUGUGGCUCUGGUGCAGCUGUCCAGUCCAGUGACCUGGUCUAACUUUGUUCGUCCCAUCUGCUUGCCUGCAUCCAGCACAUUGUUCCCAGCUGAUAUGCCGUGCUACGUCACGGGCUGGGGGAACGUCCGGGAAAAUGUCCCUCUGCCAGGGGCUGGGACUCUACAGGAAGUGCAGGUGCCAAUCAUCGCCCAGAGUUCAUGUCAGCAGAUGUACCAAACAGACCCGACGGAGCAGGUAGACAUUCUUGAUGACAUGAUCUGUGCUGGAUACCAACAGGGCGGCAAAGACUCCUGCCAGGGUGAUUCAGGAGGGCCUCUAGUCUGCCGGAUGAUAAACGGGACCUGGGUCCAGGCUGGGGUGGUGAGUUUUGGACUGGGCUGCGCGAACCAGAACAAGCCAGGCGUGUACGCCAGGCUGACCAGCUUCCCAGACUUCAUCCGCUCCGUGGUACCGGAGAUCCAGCUGUACGGACGGGCUCGUCAGAACUGGUGCUGGGGGGUUGGGAUGUUGCUCAGCUGUCUGUCCACUCUGCUGAUGAUGCUUCAGAGAUGAGGUGCUUUCGAAGUUUGAGGCGUACAACUGAAGGCCCUCUGAAUGAAGGAGUUUAAUAGAAAGUAUGUUUAGUGAUUUUUUUUUUUUUAAGUCAAAAUCUGUCCAUUUGUAUCAAGAAUGCACAUAAAGCCAAACAAAACCUGUGAUUUUUUUUUUAUAGCUAAAACUACAUCUGAUUUUUCUGGAAGUAUUUUUUUUAUUUUCAACCAGAAUUAUGUAAAAAUAAAUUUG